AUGGCUCCCCAACUCGACAGCUACUUCAAACAGGUGGACGAUUCCGCCAACCACUUCAUUGAGCGCCUCCGCAAGGCCGUUGCCAUUCCCUCCAUUUCAGCUGAGGAUGCUCGUCGUCCCGAUGUCGUCCGUAUGGGAGAAUGGCUCGCCGGCGAGUUGAAGAGCUUGGGAGCUGAGGUCGAGCUUCGACCUCUUGGCAAACAGCCUCACAAGGAGCACCUUGAUCUCCCCCCCGUUGUCCUCGCUCGCUACGGAAAUGACAAGAACAAGCGAACGAUCCUUGUAUAUGGCCACUACGAUGUUCAGCCUGCCGAGAAGAGCGACGGCUGGGCUACCGAGCCUUUUGAACUGUCCGUUGACGACAAGGGUCGCAUGUUUGGUCGUGGCUCUACUGACGACAAGGGACCUGUCCUGGGCUGGCUUAACGCCAUUGAGGCUCACCAGAAGGCUGGCAUCGACUUCCCCGUCAACCUGCUGAUGUGCUUUGAGGGUAUGGAGGAGUACGGCUCAGAGGGUCUGGAGGAGUUCAUCCAGGCUGAAGCCAAGAAAUACUUUGCAGAUACUGAUGCUGUCUGUAUUUCCGACAACUACUGGCUUGGCACUGAGAAGCCUUGCCUGACGUACGGUCUACGAGGCUGCAACUACUAUUCCGUCGAAGUCUCGGGCCCUGGAGCUGAUCUUCACAGUGGUGUUUUUGGCGGCACUGCUCAGGAGCCCAUGACUGACCUGGUUCGCAUCUUGGGCUCCCUUGUCGACACUAAUGGCAAGAUCCAAAUCCCUGGAAUCAUGGAGCAGGUUGCCCCUAUCACCAAGGAAGAGGAAGGCCUCUACGAUGGCAUUUCUUUCACCAUGGACAACAUUUUUGAGUCGCUAGGUAGCAAGACUACUAUCCACGACGACAAGAAGAACACUCUAAUGGCGCGUUGGAGAUACCCCUCUCUCUCAGUCCACGGUGUUGAGGGUGCUUUCUCUAGCCCUGGGGCUAAGACGGUCAUUCCUGCCAAGGUCAUUGGAAAGUUUUCAAUCCGAACUGUGCCUAAUAUGGACAUUGAUACCACCAACAACUGCGUCUACAAGUACGUUGAAGAGCAGUUUGCCAAGCUGAAUAGCAAGAACACUAUGAAGGUCUAUGCGCAGCACACUGGCAAGUGGUGGGCUGCCUCACCCAAGCACUGGAACUUCUCCGCCGCUGCCAAGGCUACCGAACGUGUUUGGGGCGUUCAGCCUGACUUCACGCGCGAGGGUGGAAGCAUUCCCGUUACCCUAACCUUCGAGGAGGCUACCGGCAAGAAUGUCCUUCUGCUUCCUAUGGGAAGCUCAACCGAUGGUGCCCACUCGAUCAACGAGAAGCUGGACAAACGAAACUACAUUGAGGGCAUCAAGCUCCUCGGGGCGUACCUGCACUACGUUGCGGAGGAGCCCCAAACGUAG